UUCACAUAAAGCGAGCAAGGAAAGACAACAAAUUAACAAGCGCCUCCUUUCUCUCGAUAGUUCCAGCCAUGUCCACCAACACUGCACACAUCCUAGUCUAUCCUUUCCCGGCUCCAGGCCAUAUUAUCCCACUCCUCGACCUUACCCAUCUGUUACUCACUCACGGCCUAUCCAUAACCCUAUUGAUUACUCCAAACAACCAGCCUUUGCUACACUCAUUCCUGUGUUCCCACACUUCCUCUCACCUCCAACACUUGGUCCUUCCAGACCCUCCAAGGAUCCGCCUGCUUGCUUGCAUGCGCUCCUUGCGCCAACAACACUAUCCUAUCCUUCUAAACUGGUUCCAAUCUCACCCGUCCCCUCCCUUUGCUAUUAUAUCUGACUUUUUCCUCGGCUGGACCCACCAAUUGGCUUGCCAGCUUGCCAUUCCCCGCCUCGUCUUCUCCCCCUCUGGUGCGUUUGCCUUUUCUGUUACCACUUCACUGUGGCGCAACCAGCCGCAGACUGAGAAUCCAAACAACGUGGAUUUUAUGUUGUCUUUUCCUGAAAUACCGAAUUCUCCAACGUACCCCUGGUGGCAAAUCUCUCACAUCUAUAGGACGUCAAAGGAGGGAGAUCCUAAUCGAGAAUUUUUCAGAGACUGCUUUCUGGCUAAUUUUGAGAGUUGGGGAGUCGUGAUCAACUCGUUCGUUGAGUUGGAACGCGUUCACAUCGAGCAUUUGAAAGGGAACUCUGGAAUUGGAAGCGAUCGUGUGUGGUCUGUGGGUCCACUUCUGCUACAUGACGAUGGUGGAUCAAUAGGGUCGCUUAGCCGUGGUGGAUCUAGCUCGGUGCCGUGUCAGCAAGUGAUAACUUGGCUCGAGGAGAAGGGAGAUAAUUCAGUGGUAUAUAUAUGCUUCGGGAGUCGCGAGAUGCUAACAUGUAAACAAAUGGACGAGUUGGCAUCUGGCUUAGAGAAAAGUGGAAUAAAUUUCAUCUGGUCUGUCAGGCAGCCAAAUGAAAGGCACGCAUCAGCCGAGUGUGGGGUUCUACCUGAUGGAUUCGAAGAUCGUGUGGCUGGGAGAGGUUUUAUCAUCAACGGAUGGGCCCCCCAACUGGCUAUACUGAGGAAUCGGGCGGUGGGCGCAUUUUUGACUCAUUGCGGGUGGAACUCGGUGCUUGAAGGGAUCGCAUCCGGAGUGGUAAUGCUGACAUGGCCAAUGGGUGCGGACCAGUUCAUAAACGCGGAGUUGCUAGUGGAUCAGUUGGGAGUUGGAAUACGAGUUGGUGAGGACACGCAGAAAAUUCUAGACUCAGACGAGUUGGCUCGGAUAUUAGCUGAGUCUGUAGCGGAGAAUCUCCCGGAGAGACAGAGAUCCAAGAAGAUAAAAGAGGCAGCAUUAACUGCAGUUAAAGGGGGGAGCUCUGAUAGAGACUUGGAUGAGUUGGUAAAGAGGUUAAUUGAGCUUGGAAACGGGAGAGGUGUAAGCAAGUGACCUGAUUGGGUGGUGGCUGAAUUCUGUUUACGCUGCAAAAAUUUAAAUGUGUGCGGUUGAAACUCCCUGAAAGAGUUCAGAAUUUUUGCAAAGUUUUGUGCAAAAAUAUACUGGUCAAGUGUUGAGAACAUGAUACAAAUAUAUGAUUUCAUCUCCAUUGCCAUGUGCAUAGAAAUUCCAAAUUGAAGUGUAUGCAUGGGAGUAGGAAGAUGAAUGAAUGGCCAAACUUCAUCAUCGACAGUCACUAGAUGCAAGUAGUUUUUGUAAUUAAAGUUAUGAUGCUAUAUAUUAAAGCUGAUUCUGGAGUAUAAAUUCUGUUGAUAUUGUUCCAUGACGUUUGUAUUAUACUGCUUGUUAAGUCAGAAUUAUAUCCAUCGAAAUUGAAUAA